UAACAAAAAGAUUCUGUAUUCGCAUUACGCAAUUAGGGUUAGGGUUGGAUUAGGGUUAGGGUUAGGGUUAGGGUUAGGGUUGAACUCGUUUGUUUCGAUGGGAAUUUCAGCCAGAUUAUUCCUGAUCCACGAACCUCAUUUUUUUCCCCAAUUUUGUGGCUUCGAGAAUUCUUUGUAACUGAGAUACAUUGCUUUGGUAGAAUGAUUUUGACUAAAAUAUAUUCUAGGAAUACUUUAGUUAUAGACUAAAGAGACCGUACUCAUCAAAUUUUUUUCUUCCCAAAAAUAAAAUAUCUAUUUUCUUGGCUGAUUUUUUGGGAUGAAUUUUUUAGAUGCGGUUAACCCCUGCUCAAAAUUUCAUCUAUGCUUUGUUAAGUAAUGGGUGCACCGAAGCAGAAGUGGGCUCCAGAGGAAGAAGCAACUCUGAAGGCUGAGUCUUUAAACACGGGCUUUGGAAAUGGCGGACGAUUUUCAAAGACCCACAAUUCAAUCGUGUUUUGUGUCUGCGAUCCAACAUUGAUCUGACGGUUAAAAGUCCUUCAUUAUACAGAUGUUAUGGGCAGCUGUUGAGCACGAUGGUUUAAUUGUGUAAUGCAUUGUGGGUUAGGAUAAGUGGAGGAACAUGACUAUUUUGGGGAAUGAAUGGGGCUCCGGGGAGAAGACUAGUUUAGCAAUUAAGAUGAUGGAUCAAGCUCCUAAGCUUGGUGAGAGCUCUAUUGGUAGAUCAACGCAACGAGGAAAUGGUUGACAGUGGGCCUCUUCUGGUAUCCAACGGUUCUUCGCUAGCUGAUGGUCUGAAAAGAUCUAUCAUGGGGUUUCACAUAUUAUGUACAAGUUCCCAUCUCUCUUAUGCUUCUCUUUGAUUUGUCCAAGGUUACUAAAAUUAGUUUGUGCGCCAAGGAAUUCAAUGGCAGAUGAUUCUCUGUUUCACGAAGGAUUCUGGAUCAGGGGCUGCUUACAUGAUUACUCACUAUCUAGAGAAGACCAUGUUGGAUAUCCUAUAGUAGUCUAUAAACAAUUUGGUGUUAUUAACAAGACAACUAUAGCUGCAUGUAUAAAGGUAGUACUCUGCCAUAUAUUUACUCUUCCAAUCAAUCUGUCCGCCGCAACCCUAAAUCGUAAGCAGAUUCAGAAUAACGUCUCACCUUGCCUAUCCAUCUCCGUCUCCAUAGCCAAAGGCUCAAUAUUGGGCAUUUCCUUACUUCAAAAGGAUAUAAUCCAAAUUGAAGCAUUUGGCUGCAAUGCGGAAACUUAUUAAGGUCAAAAACAAAUUUAGACUAGCUAAAAAAUCUAGAAUGUCUCAGAAGAGGAUGACCCCUUUUGUCAAAAACAAAUUUAUACUAGCUAAAAAAUCUAGAAUGUCUCAGAAGAGGAUGACCUCUUCUGUCAAAAACAAAUUUAGACUAGCUAAAAAAUCUAGAAUGUCUCAGAAGAGGAUGACCCCUUCUGUUCUUCCGGAAGGAAGACAGGGGAUUUCACCCAGAAUUGAUCUGGAUGAUAUUAGUUCUCUCACAAAAUCUCAGAUUGAUUUAGAGGUAGCCAAGAUAUUGAGCAUGACUCCAGAAGAAGCUGCUGCAGCUGCAGCCAAAGCAGUUGCUGAAGCUGAAGCUGCAAUGGUGGCAGCUGAAGAGGCAAUGAAGGAAGCAGAGGAAGCUGAAGCUGAAGCAGUGGCUUUCGCAGCAGCUAUCAAGACAAUGAAAAAGGAUCUGUCUCAGCAACAGGGUCAGAAGGCACCAUGGUAGAUUUGAGCUAAAUGGAUGAGGACGUGGUUUGGGCUGAGGGUGGGGGAGGUGGAGAAGAAUGGGGUGGUGGGGAGUCGAGGUGGUACUAAGGAAAGAUUUCAUUGUUAUAGUAUUAAAAACUAAUGCAUAAUUCAUUCAACUACAUCAUUUGGGUCGACUUCUUCAAGUUAUUGGGAACUAAUAAUCCAUUGAAAGUUCGUGAAUCCAGAAACCCUGUUAACAUUUGGUUUGCCUCAAGUUUUAAGUAUUAGAGCAUUGUUAUUUAUUUGAGUACUGAAAGUUUUAAAAGUUGCAUCCUAGUCUUUUUAUCCGAUACUUCUCCAAGCUAACCCCAAUCAAUAUCUUUUCCAGGCAUUUAGUAUAGAAUAAUGCUAUAUGUAGAUCAACCAUGAUAAUUUGGUUGACAUUCCUUCGUGCGGAGGAAACUUGUUCAUUGAUGUGAUGGAUGAGUUCAAGUUCAAGAUGUACAUGUUGCCAUGUGAAAGAGCAUAAAGAAAGGUGUAAGAGAGAGAGAGAGUGUGUGUGUAAAGUAUAAGGAUGUGUUAAACCCGACUUUUCUUGUACAAUCAAUUUAUUUACUUCA